AUGAUUUUGCAUACUUCAUCAAAACUUACUAUAAUAUUACUUGUAAUAGCUUAUUUGGGAGUCUUUGUACUUGGAGAUGACGCUAGUUAAACUGAAUACUGUUGCACAACAAAUGGAGUUGAAUACUAGUGCUAAGCAGGAACAACAUGUUGCAGCUGCAGCGAAUGCUGUUCAAGUAGCGAAUUCUGUAUACCCUCUCUUGGGAUCUGCGUUCAAUAUGUUUUAGCAGUGAUAAGUCCAAUCACACUUUUAUUAUUCAUAUUGACAUGUUUUUGGAAUUAUAAAACUAAAGGAUAAUAUCUUAGAGAUUUGAGAUCACUAAAAGAGUUGGAAGAAUAAGGAAACUAAAUAUUAAAAAAUGAAAAUACUACCUAAAAGUCUAAAUUAAAUGAAAAUAUUGAUGAAAGCACAAUACAAAGAAAAAUAAGAAAUUCUAGUAAACUUAGUCAAUUAGAAGAAAAUCUUUUGGAUAAUAAUCAAUCCAAUGUAAUUCAAAUAUCUCAAUGA